AUGGAUAUUUUCAGGAUUCUUAGUAGAGGUGCCAGUAUCAACAAGAAAAAGGAUCAAACGUCUACCAACUCAUCACUUAUCAAACUGUCACUGCCGAGUACUGCGAAUAAACAUGAACAUCUUCUUGAUGAGGUCGAGAGAGAAACAGACUUUUUCAGAACAAAAAGUCACCGCAAACUGGACGAACCAUCAUCAAAAAUCUUAAAGUCCAAAAACAAGGACGAAGAACGUGAAUCUGUUGCAGAAAUUGUACCUCCACUUGAGUUAGAAAGUGAAGAGGACGCAAGAGUUUUCCGAAAUCUGCAUAAAUCGAAAGUUACAGGUGAUGAUAUACCAAUUCCAAUUGGGUCAUUUCAAGAUAUGAUUGGAAGGUUCAAAAUUGAUAAAAGGGUGCUCUCCAAUUUGUUAGACGCAGAGUUUGUUGAGCCAACACCCAUUCAGUGCGAAGCUAUCCCCAUUACAUUGACCAAUAGAGACCUUAUCGCGUGUGCACCAACUGGUUCUGGUAAGACUUUGGCAUUUUUGAUACCAUUACUCCAACAACUCGUUUCUCAAAACGUGCUGAAAAACCACGGCAUAAGAGGACUCAUCAUUUCACCAACAAACGAGUUGGCUGUUCAAAUAUUCCAGCAGUUGGAAAUUAUCUCCAAAGGUAAAGGUCUCAACAUAGCAAUCUUAUCCAAGCAGUUAGCUGGUAAAAUAAGUAAUGACGUUGUCAAGGCCUCAAAAUAUGAUAUCCUUGUCUCUACCCCAUUAAGACUUAUCGAUGUUGUCAAGCUAGGCAAAGUUGACCUUUCAAAAGUCACUCAACUUGUUAUUGAUGAGGCAGACAAAUUAUUUGAUCAUGGAUUUGCCGAGCAGACAGAUGAGUUGUUAUCCCAUUGCACAAACGUCAAGAUUAGGAAAUCCAUGUUUUCAGCAACGAUCCCUUCAGGUGUCGAGGAAAUGGCUCACUCGAUCAUGAAGGACCCAAUAAGGGUCAUUAUUGGCCACAAAGAAGCAGCAAGUAACACGAUUGAGCAGAAAUUAGUGUUUACAGGAAACGAAGAAGGUAAAUUAUUGGCAAUCAGACAGAUGAUCCAGAACGGUGAGUUUAAACCUCCCAUUAUUAUAUUUUUGCAAUCGAUUACCAGAGCCAAAGCUCUUUUCCAUGAAUUGGUAUAUGAUAAGCUCAACGUCGAUGUCAUACAUGCGGAGAGAACCCCAAAGCAAAGAGAUGAGGUGAUCAAACGUUUUAAAAAUGGUGAUAUAUGGGUUUUGAUAACAACUGAUGUUCUUGCAAGAGGUGUCGACUUCAAGGGCGUUAACAUGGUCAUCAACUAUGAUGUACCUCAGAGUGCCCAGGCUUAUGUACACAGAAUAGGUAGAACUGGUCGAGGUGGUCGUUCUGGAAAAGCUGUUACAUUUUUCACAAAGGAAGACGACAAGGCUGUCAAGCCAAUAAUCAAUGUUAUGAAGCAAUCAGGAUGCACAGAUGGACUCAGCGAUUGGAUGGAGGAUUUGGGAAAGCUUUCAAAAAGAGAAAAGCGAGCAGUUAAGACGCAUGAGAUUGAAAGGAAAAAGAUUAGUACAGUACCGAGUGUUAUUAAGCAAAAGAGGAAACAAAGACAAAAUAUGAUUGAGGCUUCAAAACGAAGGAAGCAAGCCGAGUCAGAACAAUAA